UGAUGACAGUAGAAGAAGAGAAGGCCAUAUUGCAGUGAUACAGCGACUUUACUAGACUCAAUCUUGAACAUCGUUGGCUUCCUGCAACAAAAAUGCUUUCCUCUCAUACAAUGGCAGAUCCUGGGAAGAUGAGAGAUUAUCACUAUACUGGUCCGGUGGAGCACCGGUUCUCUCCGUACUCCUUCAACGGAGGAACCGUACUAGCUGUUGCUGGGGAGGACUUCGCCAUCGUAGCCUCAGACACCAGGCUGAGUGAAGGCUACUCAAUCCACAGCCGAGACUCACCGAAAUGCUACAAGCUGACAGAUACAACCGUCAUUGGCUGCAGCGGCUUCCACGGUGACUGCUUGACUCUGACUAAAAUCAUUGAUGCCAGACUAAAGAUGUACAAACACUCAAAUAAUAAGACGAUGACCAGCGGCGCCAUUGCAGCCAUGCUGUCUACCAUCCUGUACGGCAGGAGGUUUUUCCCCUACUACGUCUACAACAUCAUUGGAGGACUGGAUGAGCAUGGCAAGGGAGCGGUGUACAGUUUCGACCCAGUGGGCUCCUACCAGAGAGACACCUACAAGGCCGGAGGAUCAGCAAGUGCCAUGCUACAGCCACUACUGGACAACCAGAUUGGUUUCAAGAACAUGGAGGGUGUGCAGCACGUUCCCCUGACUCAGGACAAAGCCAUUCAGCUGGUCAAAGAUGUCUUCAUCUCGGCCGCAGAGAGAGACGUCUACACCGGAGACGCUCUUCGGGUCUGCAUCAUCACUAAGGAGGGCAUCAGUGAGCAGACUGUACAACUGAGGAAGGACUGAAGAGGGAAAUGUUCCCCUUUCUCUGCUUUUCUCUUUGGUCUGUUCUUUCCACAUUCACCUGUUGGUUUUUGCCCCUUAACAACAAGUUUCUUAAAAUAGGAAUUUUGAUCCAGAAUUUGCUUCUAGUGGCCUCUUAAAUCAGGCUUAUUCUGGGAAGCGGAUUUUCCAUUUUUUAUAUCCACUCACAAUUUACAUCAAUUGAAAUCCAUACGUUUCUCCUGCUUUCCACAGUCAUCGCUCUCAGUUUCUGCUAUUAUUACAUCCUUGUGUUUGUGGUCCAGAAACCUAAUUCUAGAUCAGCACUCCUGUUCUUAAGAAGCAAAUGACUCUUCACUCAAUCUGCCUAGACUCUUCCUCUAUUUGGAUUUUUCAUUAUGUUUUGGAAGGAUACAUACUCUGCUGUUCUUUUUACAUUCUUAAUAAAUGUAAAGAAUUUAAAA